GGGUGGGCACGAUGAUGAUGAAGCCCUUGCAGCUGGGAAAGCCUCCCUACGAUUGGCUGUGGCGCUGGUGAACCCGAAGUAAAGAUGGCGGGCGGGCAGGUAGCCGCCGCACUGCCCACUUGGAAGAUGGCGGCGCGCCGCAGCCUCAGAGCCCGCGGCCGGGGGGUCGUGCAGGCGGCGGCGGCGGCGGCGGGGCGGCGGCGGCGGCCGCCGUCGCUGUGGCCGCUGCUGCUCUUGCUGAGCUGCUGCUGCGGCGCCGCUCAGGGCACGGCGGCGGCGGCGGCGGCGGCGGCGCCGGCGGCCGAGAGCGAGGAGACGGUGAUCAUCGGCUUGCGGCUGGAGGACACGAACGACGUGUCGUUCAUGGAAGGCGGCGCGCUGCGGGUGAGCGAGCGGACCCGCGUCAAGCUGCGGGUGUACGGGCAGAACAUCAACAACGAGACGUGGUCUCGCAUCGCCUUCACGGAGCACGAGCGGCGGCGGCACAGCCCGGGCGAACGCGGCGGCGGCGGCGGCGGGCUCGGGGGUCCCGCGCCCCCCGAGCCGGACAGCGGCCCCCAGCGCUGCGGCAUCCGCACGUCCGACAUCAUCAUCCUGCCGCACAUCGUCCUGAACCGCCGCACGUCGGGCAUCAUCGAGAUCGAGAUCAAGCCGCUGCGGAAGAUGGAGAAGAGCAAGUCCUACUACCUGUGCACGUCGCUGUCCACGCCGGCCCUGGGCGCCGGCGCCCCGGGCUCCCCCGGGGGCGCCGUCGGGGCCAAAAGCGGCUCCUCCGGCGUGGCCGGCCUGCCGCCGCCGCCCUGGGCCGAGACCACCUGGAUCUACCACGACGGCGAGGACACCAAGAUGAUCGUGGGCGAGGAGAAGAAGUUCCUGCUGCCCUUCUGGCUGCAGGUGAUCUUCAUCUCGCUGCUGCUGUGCCUGUCGGGCAUGUUCAGCGGCCUCAACCUGGGGCUCAUGGCCCUGGACCCCAUGGAGCUGCGCAUCGUGCAGAACUGCGGCACGGAGAAGGAGAAGAACUACGCCAAGCGCAUCGAGCCCGUGCGCCGCCAGGGCAACUACCUGCUGUGCUCGCUGCUGCUGGGCAACGUGCUGGUCAACACCACGCUCACCAUCCUGCUGGACGACAUCGCGGGCUCCGGCCUGGUGGCCGUGGUGGUGUCCACCAUCGGCAUCGUCAUCUUCGGGGAGAUCGUGCCGCAGGCCAUCUGCUCGCGGCACGGCCUGGCCGUGGGCGCCAACACCAUCUUCCUCACCAAGUUCUUCAUGAUGAUGACCUUCCCCGCGUCUUACCCCGUGAGCAAGCUGCUGGACUGCGUGCUGGGCCAGGAGAUCGGCACGGUGUACAACCGGGAGAAGCUGCUGGAGAUGCUGCGGGUCACCGACCCCUACAACGACCUGGUGAAGGAGGAGCUGAACAUCAUCCAAGGGGCGCUGGAGCUGCGCACCAAGACGGUGGAGGACGUGAUGACCCCCCUGCGGGACUGCUUCAUGAUCACCGGCGAGGCCAUCCUGGACUUCAACACCAUGUCGGAGAUCAUGGAGAGCGGCUACACCCGCAUCCCGGUCUUCGAGGGCGAGCGCUCCAACAUCGUGGACCUGCUCUUCGUCAAAGACCUGGCCUUCGUGGACCCCGACGACUGCACGCCCUUGAAGACCAUCACCAAGUUUUACAACCACCCCUUGCACUUCGUCUUCAACGACACCAAGUUGGACGCGAUGCUGGAGGAAUUUAAGAAAGGUAAAUCUCACCUGGCCAUUGUGCAGCGAGUGAAUAACGAAGGAGAGGGUGAUCCCUUCUAUGAAGUUCUGGGCAUCGUCACGCUGGAAGAUGUCAUCGAAGAGAUCAUCAAGUCCGAAAUUCUGGAUGAGACAGAUCUGUACACUGAUAACAGAACGAAAAAGAAAGUGGCCCACCGAGAGAGAAAGCAGGAUUUUUCUGCCUUUAAGCAGACAGACAGCGAGAUGAAAGUUAAAAUAUCACCCCAGCUUCUCCUGGCCAUGCACCGUUUCCUGGCAACAGAAGUAGAAGCAUUUAGCCCAUCCCAGAUGUCAGAGAAGAUUCUUCUAAGGCUGCUAAAGCACCCCAAUGUCAUCCAAGAACUGAAGUAUGAUGAGAAGAACAAGAAAGCCCCAGAGUACUACCUCUACCAGCGAAAUAAACCUGUAGACUACUUCGUGCUCAUUUUGCAGGGCAAGGUAGAGGUGGAGGCUGGGAAGGAAGGCAUGAGGUUCGAAGCCAGCGCAUUCUCCUACUACGGUGUCAUGGCCCUCACCGCCUCCCCAGUUCCCUUGUCCCUGUCUCGCACCUUUGCUGUCAGCAGAACAGAGCUGUUAGCAGGUUCUCCAGGUGAAAACAAGUCACCCCCUCGGCCCUGUGGCCUGAACCACUCAGACUCGCUGAGCAGAAGUGACCGCAUGGACGCUGUCCCACCCUCGCUGGGGAGCAGCAACAACCAGCUCAACUCCUUCCUGCAGGCCUACAUCCCCGACUACUCCGUGCGCGCUCUGUCCGACCUGCAGUUCGUGAAGAUCUCCAGGCAGCAAUACCAAAACGCCCUGAUGGCCUCCCGGAUGGACAAAACCCCGCAGUCCUCAGACAGUGAAAACGCGAAAAUUGAAUUGACUCUUACGGACCUGCAGGAUGGGCUGCCAGACGAGACGGCCAACUUGCUCACGGAGCAGAACUGCGUGCCGCAUGGCAAGGCCAACCACAGCCUGCACGGCGAGGGCUCCAUCUAGGGCCACUCUUCAUCCCGUACCACCCGACACCAAAGACUGUCCCCUCCGGAGCGGCCCAGGAUGGCACAGGGACCCACAGGCCGGGCACGGCUCCCACAUCUCCCAGGAACUUCUUCCGCCCAAAUAGAAUCAUGUUUUAUUUUUUCAGCUCUACCUUUGAUCAGUUAUUCACUGUCCUCUGCCUUCAAUUUGCAUGAAAUUGAAAAUUGUUGCGAUUUGUUUCCCUGCCCCCCAAGAGAUCAUGUUUUGGGGGUUUUAUUUGUUUUUUUGGUUUUUUUUUAAGUGUCUUUUACAGAGUUCUAAGUGGUCCUGUCUGAACUCUGCUGUGACCCCCCCCCCCAUGAUAUGGACCCCCAAACUGGAAGGAUGGACCUGUCUCCCUCCAGCAGCUCUCCCGGGCUCUCCCCACCCCAGAAAGGGGUAUCCCUUACUGGAGGGACCUGAGGCCCGCUGUGGAUCUUGAUGGAUGAUCGUGAACAGUGUUCAUGGUGCAGCCCAGCACCUGGCCCGCUGUGGUUCCCCAGAUGUUAAUGUCCGAGUGUGUCUCGGCCCUCAGAAAGGUUUCUAUGCUUGGAAAUGUGAUUUUGUUCCCACUCUAAGGAAUUUUUAUCACCAAAAUGAAUGUUAAUGGAUUUUAAACCCAUGGUUCGUCAUUGGCAAGAGGCCAGGUUCCUACCACUGGACCCGGUGUCCUCCACCCUGACUACCUGCCACUUCCUGUUCUUAUUAACCCCAGAUGCUGCUAUAGGGGUGCCUCAGGCAGCCCCAAGGCUGGCCCACCCCUUCCUUCAGGGCCUUGUGCUUGUCAGAUGUGGAGGUGCUGAGCUGCCUGCCUCCGAGGCCAGGGAGCUUCUCAUGCAGCAGGGUCUGUGGGGCCCGAACAUGGUCAGAAACCAUUGGUUGCCAGAGCAGGCGACUGCCCUAGGGUCACAUUCCCAUGCCCAACUCCCCUAGUGCUGGGAUUUUUCGCUGAGUUCCUCAAGAUAGUGCCUCAGCCUCCUGUGUGGCACAGAAUGGCAUGUCCUCUGGGCAGCCCAGUCCCCCAGAAGAUGGCACCCAACCUGAAUCACAGGAGGAUGAAGUUCUCCCCUCCCUGGGUCAGGGGACAAUUCCCUGCCUGUGACUGGGGGUUGGGGAGGCAGGACUGCUGGACUUGUCUCCUGGGGAGCAGGCCUGGCCAGUUUCCUAUUGAUGCCAUUCUUGGGGGGGUCUUCAUGGCAGUGCCUGGAGGAGCCCAAAGCCUUGCAGCUGCCACCAGGCUGGCCCCAUCACUGUGUAACUUGAGCUCCACAGGCCCUGUGAUUUGAGCCCUGUUUUAGGCUUGGAUCCAGCUGAGGACCCUCUGUCCAGGUUCACAGAGACAUGGGGGAGUCGGGGCUGGGGACUGGCUGUCAGGAGUGACCUGUGAGGGGCGGGAGGCUCCCUUGCUGCUGUUCUGUUCUCAUCCUGACACUUGUUACCCUCCUAACCUCAGGCUGCCUGGCCAGUCAGCCUCUCCUGAAGGGAGUGGGGUGUGGAGUCUCUUAAACCCCGAGUUCCCCCGUGAACCCUAACAAUGGGGGCCUGAGGAGGUGGCCUACUCCUGCUGACUUGCAGGAAAAACAGCUCCAUUCCUGGUCAGUACCAUUCUGCUAAAGUCCUAUGGGCUGUGAGGCUUGAGGACUAGCCCAGCCUCCAUUUCCUUGAUCUUUUAUUAUCAACACUUUUGUAGUAACAGAAUCCUUUGCCCUUUAACCUGGUCUAAAGGUUUGGCAAGGCCAAGAUUUGCUGUUGGAAUUUCACAUGGGGGCGCCUUGGGGAUCCCAUGAGUGUCCAAGCUCCCCCUUGGCACCACCUGAACCACCUGGGGCCGCUACAGGAGAAAUGUGGGCUGGGGCAGUGAGUGGUUUCUAAGGCCACACAUGGCCGGUCUGUAGAAUCUGUCUGGAAAAGAAGGUCCAGGGGUUGGCGCUCAUGAGCCAGUAUUGUUGUCUGCCCCUCCAGGUCCUGUCCUUCGGGCUGCUGGCUUCAAGCAUGUAGGCAUAAAGGUUGUGGGAGGGGGGGAGCUCAGUGGUACUGUCUGAGGCAAGCUUCUGCCUGCUGUGCUAUCACUCUGGCUGCACAUGGUACUGUCUAAGGGGCAGGGCCUCACUCCUCCACAGUGGCCCCUGCUCCGGCAUCUUACGGGACUGGAUUCCUGGUUCCAGAUGCCCCUGAUUGUCUGCUUUCUCUUUGAUCGACAGGCACUUCCUGUCACUGCCUCUCAAGAGCGCCUGAGUUUCUCUCUCCCCCUUUGUUUCUCUGUUCCUUCCUCAUCAGGCAAAA